AGCUUCUUUAUUCUUCUGUUUGUUACUACUCGCAGCUUCUGCUUCGAUAAGCUGAAACUGAGAGAAAUGUCCGAUUUCUUCAAAAUCGAAUAUAAGAAGGCGAAUGAAGGCCCUCCACUGAUCUUGAACACAUACAAACGGAAAUUCACGAAUGCUCUCAACGUAUAUGUGCACAGUCUAAGAAAAACUGCUCGGCAACUGCUCGUUCAGGACAAUAUACAAGUUCAGUUGGAUUGUGCGGACUAUCAACUCAUUGAGUGCAUUAUUAAUCUUCGUCGUCACGAAACCCCUCUCCUAACAUCCACGUUCAACAUCAACGUUCUUGAAAAAAUGGACUUAAGCCCAUUUAUGAAUAAAACCGACACCGUCCAAACUAACACGAACAAGGUUUUUCUUCACAUUCCAUUUAUGAAAGGCAACAAACACAAUCUGGAACACAUUAUGAUCGUUCGACUGACCCCGUGGCAUAUCAGCGGAAAAGUCAUCAAAACUCCGAAAACCAUCGAAGAGCUCAGAUUGGCGUUGCACAAUUCAUUCGAGAUUUGA